AUGGGCAUUACUAAAUGUUAUGAAAUAUGUCAAAAUAUAUUAGAGAGCGCUCAACUGUGCAGAAAUCAAGAUAAUUCCCAACAAAAGUGUAAAAUUUAUAUUGACGGAUUAGAUUUAUGGUACUUUAGUUAUAAUAAAAAUCGCUUUCCAGACAAGAAGAAUGCUACCAUAAAUUUAAUGAAAAUAUUAUCUAUGAUUAAAAAAAAUAAUUUUAUUAUUGACUCUGUAAAAAUUUAUUUAACGGGUAAAACUCCUGAAGUAAAAAACAGAGCAAAUACGUUCCAUGAAAGUCUGUUCGGAGAAUUACUAUAUUGGUGCCACUUUCUUGUCGAAAGAUUUAAAUUCAUCGAAUUUGAAUCUUUAAAUUUUGGAGAAGGAGAGAGCCAAUGUUUCUUCGCUCGCGAUAAAAAUUAUCCAUCAAUUAUCGUUACAAAUGAUUCUAACAUAUUACCUAUUUGUUAUAAAUAUCAACCUCUAUCAGAUAACGACAAUGUUUUUUUCUAUAUACUGAAGAAAGAAAUUAUUUAUGACGCUAGAAUAUUCAAAACGAUACUUUGUAAAAAUGCGUUUACGUUGCUUUUAUUUCUCAAUGGUUCUCCAGAAUUUAUUGAACCACUUUUUACACUAUCGAUGAUUAAAUUAAUAUUUGAAAUUUUGGACAGUCAUGAUCCAAUUUAUGUACAAAGUUUAAAAAAUAUCAAUUCAAUAAUGAUUGAAAUAAACGAAAGUAACAUUGAAAAAUGUAUUGCUUAUUUCAUUUUAAUAUUGUGCGAUUUAAAAAGAAAAAAAAUUGGUAAAUUUACAUGGCCACAGGCCAAUAGCAAAAUUAAAACAGUAAAUUAUACUGGACUGCUUAAAUGGUUAAUUAUGUACUCAAAUCAAGGCACAAAUGUUGAAAAUUAUAAUUACAAUUUUAAAAUUACUGAUAGUGAAGGUGUAUCAAAGUUACAAUAUUUUUUUAAAAUUUGCAAGAACGCUUUUCGUGAUACUUUUAAAGAUGUUGAAGAUCCUGAGAAUUGUAAAGAUCUUGAACGUAUUAUGUACGACAUAUCAAUUAAUGAAAUAAUUAAUAUGGUUUAA